GAGUUCUCUUAUUGAGCUCAUAUAUUCUAUUCAUUCUCCUCGCGCCAGACAGAGAGCAAGUAAACGGGAAUCUUAACAACGCGCAACUUUCAACACGUCAAGAUGUGAGCACAAACCCUGCCCUGUAAAGACUACUCGACUCAAGGCGCGCCUAAGAAAACCAGGACCUUGGACAGCGACACGAAGCCGAUUUCCGCCCCUCUAACCCCGUGUAAAGCACACAGUCCUCGGCGUUCGAGUGUCCCACCAGAGCACCAGCCAAAACAUGCAAUUCAGUGACCAACGAUUUCCACCAUUACAGCGCAAUGGGGUCCAGAUGCGCUGUUUUUAAUGAGAUACUUAACUAAUGGUGUAUUCGAUACUAAUUAUAGUUUCACUUACACCCAGUAUGUUAGCAGUGUCGAUGCUGAGGACAACAACGCGAGUGGCGGACGCCAGGGUUGCUACAACCUUGUCGGACUGAGAGCCCUUUCACAUUCACUCCAAGUAAGCUACCAAGUCAGAGACGAUCACUUGCCUCGCGUCGGACUUGAAUUCAUAAGUUAGACGCACCAUGGGGAUUCGGCACCUUUUGUUGCUCCUCAUAUGUUUGGAUCCCCUGAGUGUUCUCUGCGCCGUCACUGGAGGCAAGAAGGCGAAGACACCGGUGACCAAGCGUACUCCCAAAGCGAAAGAAGCCAACAUCACAGCGGCGCUCCCCACCGCUGCACCGCAGAAGAACAUAAGCAAGGACUACGAUACGUGCACGGGUUACUUCGACGUGAGCGGACAAUUUGACAAAGAGUUUGCGUGUAACAAUACGGUUCACCGAUACUGCUGCGGGUCCUGCUUCCUGCGGUUCUGCUGCCAAGAAAAAGGGAAAAGAAUAGACCAGAAUGCCUGUAAAAACUACGUUAAGCCGGACUGGGUGAGAACGCCAUCACCGUCGCCGGUCUCAACGGGACAGCCUUUUGACCCAAGUAUGGACCAGACGAACACUGCCGUGUACAUCACCUGUGGGAUCAUUGUGUUUAUUUUAGUGGUUGGAGUUUCGGCUAAAGUUGCCUAUGACAAAGCCACAGAGCCCCCUCAGGAAAUGAACAUCCAUAGGGCCCUUGCAGACAUCCUGCGGCAGCAGGGGCCCAUUCCCAUUUCUCAGUACGACUGUGAGAACUUUGCAGCAAUGAACGGCUCUCCCAAAGACAACACUCCUCAACGAACCUCGUCCAAGAAUCACUACACUCCUGUCCACCAGUCCAAGUCCAACCACGGUCUCCACUAUGGGAAGGAGAGUGUCCGCGGCAGUGGAGGUCAUGACCUUCAUACCUUCAUCUCCUCUGGGUUCGUCACGCUGGGCCGCGGCCAGCCCAAAGGUGAAAAGCAUUGGCCGGUCCGCUCCCAGAGCCACCAUGGUACCCAUCAGCACAACUACAACCAUGUGGUUCUAGGUAGCCCAACACGCACCCAGAAUGCUCACCGAUCAUUGAGACGCGAGAACACUAGGAUGAGUGGCAUCUUGACCUCGCAGACGGAGCCAUACGACCUGUCCUUCUCACGCUCCUUCCAGAGCCUGUCUCACCUGCCGCCCACCUACGAGGCCGCCGUCAAGGCCGACCUCAGCAGAUACUCCUCCCUGAAGAGACUGACGGAUAAAGACGUUGACGACUACUACACCCGCAAGCGUCACCUCCCUGACCUGGCAGCAAGAAGCACACUGCCCUUACACGUCAUUAAAAUGAACCAGGAACAGCAGCAGCAGCAGCAGCAGCAACAGCAGCUCCAGAGCCAACCCCCCCAGCCGCAGGUGUCCCAGGGCCCAGCCCAGCAACCCCAGGCUCAACAGGCCCCUAGGAGACAGAGGGCUCCGCGCGUCCAGAGGGCCAUGUCCCAGGAUCGGGUCCUGUCCCCACACCGGGGGCCCCAGCACGACUACAGCAUCUCCUACGGGAUGGGAAUGACCCAGCACGGAGGACGGAUCCUGUCUGAUGAGCAGCUACUGUCUGCCGAGAGGCUGAGGUCACAGGAACGCCUGCUUUCUCAGGAACGCUUGAUGUCCCAGGAGCGGCUGUACUCCAAAGACCGCAUGUACUCCAAGGACAGGCUGUUACAGUCGCAAGACCACAUGUACCCGAAAGACCGCCACUUCUCCCAAGACCGCCUCUACUCCCAAGAACGCCUCUACUCCCAAGACCGCCUGCUGUCCCAGGAUCCCCUGAUCUCACCGGACAAAAUGAUGAUGUCGCUGAAACGCGGCAUGGUCAGCAGCAUGUCGGGAGGCUUCCGGGGCAACAACGACACGUCAAUGUCGCACGCCAUCUCUCACCCGGACGUGUUCAUGCCCACGACGCCAGUCACGGACCGCUACAAGAUGACCAAAAUGCACUCUCAUCCCAGUGCCUCGAACAACGCAGGGGCGGGUGGCGGAGCGGGACCAGCAGGCCAUUCCAACACGUUAGCCAUGAACCACACAACUAAUAAGAGGCAGCAGUUUGCCUCAAGAAGGACCCACACAGUGGAGCAGCUCCACUACAUCCCACAACAGCACCACCAGCAGCAACAGCAGCAGCAGCAGCAGCAGCAGCAGCAGCAGCAGCAGCAUUACCGCACAGGAAGCAAGACCGAAGUAACUGUUUAAUGCUAGCUAGCGUGCUAGUGAUUACCCUGGAAGGGAUUUAGGGUGUAGUCAUAAUGGCUAAUCGCUACUAUGAGAGGGAGUAUGUUUGUUGGAUAAAAGGUGUGUAAAAUGAUAGACUCUGGCUGAAGGUAUGAGAGAAAUGACAGAAAAGCUGGUGGUCUUUGUGGUGGUAAAUCACACUCUGUAGCUUAGUUUCCUGCAAAGUCAAUCAAAAGGUGUUCUCACAUGUCUUUGCCUUUUUGGACUUCACUUCAGAAACAAGAACAGUCCUGUGCUGUAAGAGGCUGGAGGUCUUAAUUAGACCCCAGAAAUACAUGGAUGAGUUGUUGCAGUAUACUGUGUAAUUGGCAAACCACUUUACUGUUAUUCCUGUUAUGCCCUAAGCACCAGCUCCCCUUGUCCUCCAGUCGGGGUGUGAUUCAUACAACAAUCUCUUCUGUGAACUUUUACAACAACUCUAAAGGGCUUCGCAUGGUUAAACACAAGGACUGAUCUGCUUGAUGUCCCUAUGACUUCUGUUGUUGAAAGACACAACAACAAAACCAGGGGUUAUGAAUCUGGGACAGCCCUGUAAUAAAAUUAUAAAUAUAUACAUGUAAAAAUCUACAGUUUGUAACUCCAGUCCCAUACUCAUAGCUAUAGUGAGAUCUGGAAAUGAAUGAAAAACGAUGUUACUAGCACUUUUACUGGUACCUCAGUAUGAGACAAGUGUUUCAUUGCUAAAAGUGAACAAGUGGUUUUAGUGGGUUGAUUAAAAAGCACAAUCAAUGAAUUAGAUAUUCUGUUUCAGUUAAGUUAUUCUCUUGUUCAUACAUUUGGUCGGUGAUGGCUAGCUUGUAGAUGAUUGUAAAUAAGCUAUUAUUCUAGAGGCAGUAUUAUGGACCAUUCCGUACCGGUUGGCUUUUGUAUUAGACUGUCUAAUGUUUUCAGUAGAUUCUGAACAACUUAUAAACCACCACCGUUUCGUGAUCAGUUCAGACUAGAAAUCCCACUUAACCAAGUAUUUGACAGGAUAAAUGAAUACUAUAAUGCGUGUGUCUUUUCAACUAUGUUUGUAGAAUGAGAAGUGAAUGAAUGUGUUGUUGAUAAAAACAUAUAUACCAUUGUUCAUAUUUGGAUGUAGACUGUGUUCCAUUGACUUAUAUGAGAAGUUGGACAACAUGGCAAAGGAUUAUAAUGCUUAUUAAUGUAGAGCCAAAUAAACCAUACAUAUUUUUUUAAACAAACAACACUUAUAGAACGAUUAUAUUUAUGUUCUGGUUGUAGAUGUGAAUGAAAAACAGCAUUAUGUCAAUCAUGGUAUUCAAUGUCGGUCCAGGUGACAUUCAUUCAUUUAAUAAAAAGGGUUUGUAAAGGUCAUAAAGUUACGUUGGAAAUACAUUGACACUUUAUUAAUCGUAUCAAUUUGGAAGCAGGAGAUUUGGCAACAUACAACAGCUACAUUGAGUUGUGUUUUCCUGCAGCAUUGAACUGAAGAAAAUGAGGUAACAUUUCUACUGCUGCUAUUCGCCUCAGAGCCAUAGAAACCUAGCAUCAUAGCUGGAAACAUGAAAUUUGCUGAUAGAAAUGGGCAAUAGAGAUUAUUUGGAAGAUUGUAAUAAACAUUUCAGGUAUUGUAAAUGUAAAUUCUAAAAUAAUCUACAAAGGAAAACCAGUAAAUGAGACAUAUUUUUGGUAUAUAUUUCUUUAUGCAAACUCUAAGCCAGUGGAACUCAUAGUGGGGUUGUGGGUGACACUGAAAUAAAUACUACUUUGACCUGCGUCCCUUUUGUUUGACACACAUGUUCUAAAGGGAACACAAGUUAUAGGUGGCUAAGACAAAUGUUGUCUUCUUCUCCCAGGCGUCCAACUUAUCCCAGGAUGUUACACCUGACUUAACAGCUUAACCAGGUAACAAAUACAGACACAGACUACCACAAUACUUCUGAAAUCAGAAUUAAUACUGUGACAUUAAUGAUAGUCAUUGCCAUUUUUUAGACAUCCUUUAAAUUAAUUGAACUCCUGGGGGUACAAAUGCCAAAUCUCACAGCUAACAAAACAGGCCAUUGCAAUCACACUCGCGCACGAUACUGAAGUGUAGGUAAAUAAGACAGAAUGUUUUGGUUUCCAAUUUGCACCCAAUCCACAAACCCAUCAGCAUUUAGAUGAAAAUGUGACACUCCAAUCAAAAGCAAUCUAUGGACGGGGGAAUAAAGUGGAGAGUAAAAGGUGAGAGGGCCUGACAGGUGGGGACAGAGACUGAAAUUAAAGCCAUCUCCAAUGUUAGAGAAGGGAAUCAGGCCCAAUACAUGGCAUACCAUAAAAUACCCCAAAGUUUGAAAGUGUCUCCAUAUUUGAAAACAUAGCUUCUCGCUCCACAAUUCAAGUUCUCAUUCUCCUAAUCCUCAAGGUUUGACAAGGUUAUGGGCAGACUAAAUUCUUUUUUUUUUCUUAAAGUACAAAAACAAAAUACACCACAAAACAAAAUAUCUU